CGCCUCCUUUCUCAGUUUACUUCCUGGCCAUCACAAGAAGAUGACUACUGCUGCUAGGCCAACGUUUGAACCCGCUAGAGGUGGCAGAGGCAAGGGAGAGGGUGACCUGUCAGCACUAUCUAAACAGUACUCAAGCAGAGAUCUCCCAUCACACACAAAGUUGAAGUAUAGACAAACUGGACAGUCCACUUCUGAUGAGAUAAAGUCUCGGGAUCUGCGCCGAGAGCUCGAAGAAAAAGAGGAGGUAUCUCGUCACAAGAGACACCGAGACGGCAAGCCAAGAAGCUUCACUGAGGCACCAUCAAUCGCUAGUGGAGGCAGUAGCAGCAGUAGCAAACGGCCUCGAUCUGAACACCCACCCCCUCCAGUUAACCUCGAUGCAGACGAUGACCUGGGAGAUGAUGAUGAUGAUGAUGAUGACAGUGAUGAAGAUGACACUGCUGAGUUGCUGAGGGAGCUGCAGAAGAUCAGGAAAGAGAGAAAAGAGGAGGAAGAGAAAAAGGAUAAUGAGCGAAGGGAAGAGGAGGAGAGAAUCAGGACAGAGAAUCUUCUCAAAGGAAAUCCCCUACUCCACCAGAACCAGAGCAGUGGGGGCACUGACUUCAAAAUCAAGAGGAGGUGGGACGAUGACGUUGUAUUUAAGAACUGUGCAAAGGCUCAACCUAAAGAACAGGAGAAACAUUUCAUUAAUGACACAAUCCGCUCUGAAUUCCAUCGCAAGUUCAUGGACAAAUAUAUCAAGUGACUCUUUAGCUGCCUGAAUUAAUUUAAUUAAUGCAAGUUGUUCAUGCAUUCUUCUUUGACGCACCUUAAUAAUUAUAUUAUCUAUUAAUAUUAAUUUGUUCAAUUUUCAUAAAAAAAUCAACUCAAAA